AUCCUACGUAAUGGCUUUCCGGAGCGGCUGCUGUUGUGGCUUCGGUCCUUUCAACGAGGAUAACGCCAGGUUCCUUAUGUUAGCUGUGUUCAUAAUCCUCUAUCUCCUCUGCGGUGCCGCUGUCUUUUCAGCACUGGAACAGCCGAUGGAAGCGGAGGCGAAGGAGCGCUGGGGGCAGCGGUUUGAACAGUUCAGCCAAAAGUAUAACCUUAGCAAGAAAGAGCUGAACAACUUCUUGAGGAACUACGAGGAGGCGAACGUGGCUGGGAUCCGCGUGGACACCAUCAGACCUCGGUGGGACUUUACCGGUGCUUUCUACUUCGUGGGGACAGUGGUCUCGACCAUAGGGUUUGGGAUGACCACGCCAGCGACGAUCGGUGGUAAGAUCUUCCUCAUCUUCUACGGACUCAUCGGCUGUGCCGCCACCAUCUUGUUCUUCAACCUCUUCCUGGAGCGUGUCAUCACCGUCAUCGCCUUCGUCCUCAAGUUCUGCCAUGAGCGCCGCCGCCGCAAGGCCAUGCUUCCCCAAAAUGGCUGCCGACGCCUCUCUGAGGGCAGCGGUGGGGGCGGGAGAGGUGGCAGGGGGGAGGGGCUAGCUGGGUGGAAGCCUUCAGUAUACUGUGUUAUGCUGAUCCUUGGCGCCGCUGCCAUCUUGGUUUCCUGCUGCGCCUCAGCAAUGUACUCUGCUGUAGAAGGCUGGGCGUAUCUAGACUCUCUGUACUUUUGCUUUGUGGCGUUCAGCACCAUCGGGUUCGGUGACGUGGUGAGCAGCCAAAGGUUGGCGUACGAGGAGGGGAACGUGAACCUGACGGCCUACCGGCUGGGCAACUUCCUGUUUAUACUGACAGGCGUCUGCUGCAUUUACUCGCUGUUCAACGUCAUCUCCAUCGUCAUCAAACAGGUGCUGAACUGGCUGUUGAGGAGGAUGGAGGCUCCAUGUCACUGCCCGAGGAAGGUGGACCACCACCCCCAGCAGAGACUCCCCCGCAGGAACGUGGUGGUGCCCGGACAUCUUAGGGCGCAGCGGGACCUGUCUAUCGAGACAGACGCGGUGAAUGAGAGCGAGGUGGACGGGCGGAGGAUGUCUGGAGAGAUGAUCUCCAUGAGAGAUUUCCUGGCUGCCAAUAAGGUGAACCUGGCCAUCAUGCAGAAGCAGCUGUCAGAGAUGGCUAACGGUCACCCUCGCCAGUCAGGACCCAACUCCCGCCACGGCCACAACGGCUUCUCUGGAGGGGUGGGUGCCCUGGGCAUCAUGAACAACCGCCUGGCAGAGACCAGCGUGGAUAGAUAGACCUGGCAAAUCACCAUGGUGAACAUAUAGGCCAGACUGAUUAGCUGGCCAGAGAGACAGUCACCAGAAAUUGGCUGGCCAGAGAGAGACCGUCCUCCCAAAAUACAUUAAUUUCAAUGGAACUCA